UAUUUGUUCAGAGUUGUUUGUUUGAAAUGUGUCAAGCAAUUAGGAAUGAUUGAGAAUAUAAAUCGUAUAAAAUCCAACCUAAUAAUAACACUGAAUCUGUCAUGGGGUCUUAAUUAAUAAAUAAUUAGGCACACGUUUUUAACAAUUACAUAUGUGUAUGUGUGAUAUACAUGUACAGUGUCAAAUAUUUAUUCAAUUCCGGAAAUCUCGCUAUAUGUCAAUGGAAUUUUUUUUAAUUGUGAAAGGCGUCUCUUUCAUUAAAUGUUCAUCCCACUCCAACGCGUUUAUAUAACUCGUACCCAGAGAAUUAAAGCAUUCGCGAAUUGAAACAUAUUCGCAUAAAUAUUUUUUAAUAUUUUUCCUCUGGCAAGAAAUUAACUAAUGUGACACACAGUACAUUGGUACGGUCGAUAAAUAGCGGAACAGUGAAAUGUGAAACACUCGACGAACGAGAGGAGAGAUAAAUACAGUGAAACGUGAAAUGUGAACCGUGUUUUUCAAGAAACAGUUUUGUCGUUCCGUUGAUCAUUUGAUGAUGGUUUGAUCCGUCUUGAUUUUUUCGGAUAGUCACAAAAAAAAGAAAUACAAUUUAUAAUUGUAAACGCGUUCGGCUAUUUAUUACAAAAUAAAAUCGUGUAAAACAUACAAGAGACUGAAUUAAUUUCUCGGCAGUCAUUACUUUUUUUCCCUUCUGUCAAGAAAGGCGUGAGUGUAAAAGCGUUCCUUGUGUUAGUGCAUUACUGCCUUAUUUUCGUUUAGUGCAUCUCACAAAAGUGAACGACGACCUCAUUUAGAACAUCUAGUAAAGAAGAUAAAUCUAAAGUCGACAUAUUUAUUUAAUGUGAUUUUUUAUCUUCUCCGACAUGAAUUUCUCGAUAUCACAAUGACUUUCGGAACAAUGUCGGAAAGCAGCAUUUUAUAGCAGCACCACUGGCGCACAGUGUCAAGAGGAACAAAAAAAAAAAAAUUUUUUAUUCCAUAUCGUUGACUAAAAAAAAAGGAAAAUUAAAAAAUAUGAAUGUUAAAUUUUUAAUUUGUUCUACACUAUCUCGACUCGAUUCGACUCGUGUGUAAUUGUGUAUAUAUCGUUUUGUCGCGGAUGUGUCGUUUUUAUCUCUCUCUCUUUCUUUUUUUGAUUUCGUAAGAAGCAAAACGUCAAUUCACAAUUUUCUUAUCGUUCAAAGUUUUCGUUUAUGCACGCGUGUUCAAUGACCAGUUAUUUAAGUAGUGUGGGCGUAACAGCUCUUUCUACACAUGGACUUGAGAUUGUGCUAUGCAAUUCUUUUUUCACCAAUGGAGUCACCUCGAAAAACAAUGAUAAUGAAAAAUAGAUUAGCCAUACUGUCAGCAAGUGACAAUUAUGUUAAUCCAAUUAAAAAUGUUGCGGAGAACGAUACUAACCUAAACGAUACAGAUUUAAUAUCAGACAAAAUGACCGCCAAAGGGGUUCUUAUAUGUCGUGAUAAUUCACAUCCAUUUCAAGAUCGUACAUUAUUACUUGAUCAUCCAGUGAAAAUAGGAAGAUCAGUUGCUCGUGCAAAAGCAGCGCCAUCAAAUGCAAUAUUUGAUUGUAAAGUAUUAUCGAGAAAUCAUGCAAUACUUUGGUAUGAUUCAGGUAAAUUUUAUCUACAAGAUACAAAGAGUAGUAAUGGUACAUUUGUCAAUAAUAAUAGACUCAGCUCAUCGGGACAGGAAUCAAAUGCAAGAGAAGUGUGUUCAGGUGAUAUUGUGCAAUUUGGCGUUAAUGUUGUUGAGGAUACAAAAAAAUUGACACACGGCUGUAUUGUUGCAACAUUAAAACUUUAUUUACCCGAUGGUAAAGAGGCAAAAGCAAGUUCAAGUAAUUCAGUUGAUCCAGUUGCUGGAAUAACAUUCGAGGAUCUUUAUAUGCUUAAUCAAUUUGUUCAGGAGGCAAAUAGACGUGAACAGGCAUUACAAUAUAAACUCUCGUACCUGCAACAACUCGUUGAAAAUACACAAAUAGCCGCUAAUCAAUCAUGGAAGGCGCUUAUUGAAGAGGAUCGACUUUUAUCAAGGGUUGAGACAGUUGAAAGUCAACUUGUUUUCUUUUCGAAAAAUUUCGCCGAGGAUAAAGUUAGAAAUGAAUUGGUUAAACUUCACGAGGAAAAGGCACAAUAUCAAAAUGCCGCCAAGGAUGCAUUGCAAAAAGUUUUACAGGAGAAAUUAGAUGUAACACACAGGCUAAUACAAUUGGAAACACGUUUAAAUGAAACUGAAGAAGAAUGUCAAAGUCUUCAUGAGGUGACAAAACAUACUCAAAGUGAAUUACAAGAAUUGGCAGCAAAAUAUACUGAGGCGCAGAAAAAAUUGCAGGAGACAACAAAUAAAUUAAUGGAAAGUGAUGAUAAAUUACAGGAGUUGAAUGUUAAAAUGGAAGAAGAGAAAAAACAAUUUACAAAACAGCUUAAGGAUCAAACGCGCAUUGAACGUGUUUUACAGGCAAAAUUACAAAAUUCCAAAAUUGAUUCAAUAAAUGUUCAUAAACAAGUCACUGCCUUGAAAAAUUAUGUACGAACAUUACAAGACGCAAAAUCAAAACAAUUGACAGACGAUAAUUUAGAAUCUAAAGAUGAUAUAAAUGAUGUACAAAUGUCAAUGUCCGGUAUAUUGAAUAAAUUAAUUUUCAGCACAAAACCAACUGAUAUUUAUGACAAUAUUGAAAAUAAUGUCUCAUGGCAGGAUAAUCAAGUGAAUUCAGAGGAUUCAGAGGAAAUGAAAAAUUUCGAUACUGACGAUUUAUCCUAUAAGGAUCAAAUUAAUGACUCAUUAACAGAUAGUGAGAAAUUAAAUGAAUAUAUUUUACCACCAUCAAAUAGAAAUUUAUUUAAUGGUGGCUUUACGGAUAAUUUAAAUUUAUCCAUUGAUUCGGAUACUAAUUCUGAUGUAACGGAAGUCACAUGUAUGGAGACAUCAUUAAAGGAUGUUGAAAUGAAUGACUCAUUAACUGAUAGUGAGAAACUUGAUAAUUAUAUUUUACCACCAUCAAGAAGAACAUUGGUUGCAAGUAAUUUUGAUUUAGAUACAAAUUCAGAAUUAACUGAUGAUAUUUCUAAUGUGAAAUUAAUUGAUGAUUCUUUAUUGGAUAAUGAAAAAUGUGAUGAACAAUUGUUGAGAAGAAAAACUUUUAAUAUUGUAAAUGUAAAUUUAGAUUCUCAUGAUAAUGAUCGUGUUACAAUAAUUGAAGAGGAAAAUAAUUCAACAUCAAGCAGUGAAAAUGACAAUGAAUCUCCAUCGAAGAAAUUAAUAUUUAAUGAAAUUCCUGAGAGUACUGUGAAUUUGGAUUCUGAUAUUAAUUUGAAAAUUAGUGAUGAUUGUGAUGUUAAAUCAAUGGCAAUUGUGAAUGAUAAAUUGGAUAAGAAAAUUUAUGAUCAAGAGACAAUUGUCGAUGGAAAGGAGGAGUUGAAGAAAAAUGGUGAUAAACAACCAAAAUUGGAAGUGAGAUUUGCCAGUGAUGAGGAGGGAAAAACAUUGGAAAGGAGAAUCGAGACAGAGGAAAAAGUGAAAGAAGUCGAUACGGGAAUUAGUUCCGUGACAGAAGAUUCGCUAUUAAAUCUCGUUGAAUCCACCGUUACAUUGAGGGAUGGGGAAAAUAAAACCGAGCUGGAAAUGGAGAAUGAACAUUUGGAUGGAGAAUAUAUAAAAACAUUGAAACCAUUAAGUAAAAGUGAUUCAUCGCAAACUGUACAAGUACAAGAGUUUAUUCUUCAAAGUCUCAUUGGUUGUUUUGAUUCAUUGAAAGAGGAGGACAGUCAAGAAGCACAAAUUAUUGUUAAAAGAGAAUUAAAAGAAUUGAAAGAUUGGUUAAUGCGCGAACAAAAUGAAAUUAUUUUAAAUAAAUUAAAAGAUAUUUAUUAUCGUUCGAAAAAUGAGACACAACGUAUGCGCGAAGUUAAUGAGGAACUUGUUAUUCUCAAGGAAAAAUAUAAUGCCUUUAUGGAGGAAAAGGCCGAACUUGUCAAAAAUUAUUCAACCCUAAAAAGUCAAUGUGGUGAUUUAUUAAAUGCAAGUUAUACAGUGCCGAUUCAUUAUGUCGCGCCACUCGCUUUGGUGUUAGUUUGGAUGCUACUCGAGAAAUUAUUUUAAUAUUUUCUUAUUAUUCUUUUGUAUAUAAAAAAAAAAAGAAAAAAAAAACUCUCAAAGAGAGUGAGGUGGACCCUCUUUUUUUUCUCGUUAAGCUCAAAGACGAUAAAAAAAAAAAUCUAUACUGUAGGAAAUUCUCUUUUAAAAAAUGGAGUGAAGAAUUUUUUAUACGAUUGAAAAAAAACAAACAAAAGAAUGCAGUGUAAAUGUUUAUGUAAAUAUUUCGAUAAAUUAAGGGGGGGAGGGGGCUCUGACUAUAGAUUUCAACUUUUAGGAAUUUUGAAAUUCUAUUAUUUCGUAGAAUCGAAGAAAAAAAAUCAAAGGAUUCAUUCACAAUUAAUAAAUUGUUAAGAUGAACAAACAAAAAAAAAAAAAAGAA